GAGUAACGAUAACCCCCUGCUCCCCCAGGGCUGCUGCAGGAACACACAGGAAAACAAGAGAAACGAGGAAACACUCGACUGCUCACGGAGUUGAGGAGAAGCACAUGACUCUUGUCUCAAAGGGGGAUAAACAUUUUCUUCCGUGGGAGACAUCUGACAAGAAAGGAAACUCCACUUAAAAGAGGAUAACUGGACGUGCUGGACAUCUUUCACAAAGGGAAAAUGGAUGUAAUGGACUGUGGAUGCCAGUAGAGGUAUACUGUGGAGUAGCUGUAUGAUUUUCUUCACUCAACAUAAAACCACUCAAACUGAGCACUCUUGAACAUUUAGGGACCUUUGAUUUUCCCUGUCUGUUGAACAUGUUGAAUUAACAGCUCACUGCUGAGGAGAACUUUGCCACUGUUUGUUUCCUGCCUGGUGUAAAGAUGUAUAACCGCAGCGCACCAUUCAUGUGUGAUAAGAGUGAUGACUUCAAAUACCCUCUCUACAGCGCGGUCUUCAGCCUGGUGUUUAUCGUUGGACUUUUCUUCAACAUGGUGGCUGCAUACAUUUUCGGCUGUACGCUGAAGCUGCGCAAUGAGACCACGACGUACAUGAUAAACCUUAUUGUUUCAGACUCUUUCUUUGUUCUCAGCCUGCCUUUUCGGAUUGCGUACUUUGUCAAACGCGACUGGGUGUUUGGAAGCGUGCUCUGCAAGAUCUCUGUGGCCCUGUUCUACACCAACAUGUACGGCAGCAUCCUCUUCCUCACCUGCAUCAGUGUCGACCGUUUUCUGGCCAUUGUGUACCCGUUUCGGUCCCAGAAAAUACGCAGCAAAAGGAACGCCAAACUGGCCUGUGUGGCGGUGUGGGUGAUGGUUCUUUCUGGAAGUAUACCCACGGGGUUCCUUUUGGACACCACUUCACCAAACAAUACAAACUCUUCCAACAAUUAUUGCUUUGAAAACUACUCAAAAAAACAGUGGAAGUCCGAGCUGUCCAAGGUGGUGGUGUUUAUUGAGACCGUGGGCUUCAUCCUCCCACUGCUGGUGAACGUCUUCUGCUCAAUCAGCGUGCUACGGACCCUUAGGAAACCUCAGACCAUCAGCCGUGGUGGGAACCUCAACAAGACAAAGAUCUUGAGGAUGGUCGUCGUGCACGUGCUCAUCUUCUGCUUCUGCUUCAUUCCCUACAAUGUUAAUCUAAUAUUCUACGCCAUGGUUCGCUCCAACGUGCUAAAGGGCUGCUAUGCAGAAUACGUGGUCAGAACCAUCUACCCCAUUGCUCUGUGCAUAGCAGUGACCAACUGUUGCUUUGAUCCAGUCAUUUACUACUUCACCUCAGAGACGAUUCAGAGCUCCAUCAAACGAAAGGCUACAGUGUUGCACAACGGUGCCAAGUUUUUCGACAGACUACAGCUGGAUAGCUCGAAUAGCAGCUCGAAUACAACACCCAAAAGCACGACCCUGAGGAGUAUAAGAGCCAAACAGUUUGACGAUGAGUCCACAGUCUAAUGACAAGGCUACUGACUAAUAAUAAAGAGACGACGGAUGGUAAAGCUUGAUUUGAAUCACGCAAACAAAAUGGUUACUAAGGAGCCACUCCCAUCCACCGCACACAGCAGAGACUUUAGACUGGGACUUAACUCACUGAUCCCUAUUCAGUCAGUGGAAGAGUGGAACAAGACAAAGAGAAGGAAUUUGAAUUAAAGUGUGUUGCUGCAUAAUUAUUGUUGUUUUUUAAGGCCACAACAAAGUUAGAAAACUCUUCAAUGAGUUUAGAGCGUGCAUUAGUGAAAAUGGCAGGUGGUGCUUCAAAUAUGUCUCAACUUUUGCACAAAAGACGUUGUAUUUGUAAUUUUAUUCCCGAGAGCUAACUCUCCUUUGGAACAUGUACCUUUGACAACACUGAACCAGUAUUAAUGUACUGUACUGUGCAGUUUCUAAGUGUUAUUUGUGGCCGCAUUAAGGCUUUUAAGCACUUUCUCGAGCAGCAUGUUCUAUAACAGCUUUUACUCGUAUACUGGAAGUGAAUAAAAAUGUUGAUAAUUUUUUAA